AUGGAUUCUAUAACAUGGGAGAAGUUAAUUCGCCAGGCAUAUCUGGAAGCUGUGAACUUAUCAAUAAAUUCUAUGUUUGUCCGAGACUCUGCUUCCACGGAAUACUUAAACUAUGGGGCUGCAGUGAGUGAGGUGGAGAUAGACCUUCUGACAGGGCAAACAACCAUUUUAAGAUCAGAUAUCUUAUACGAUUGCGGACAAAGUCUCAACCCUGCUGUGGAUUUAGGACAGAUUGAAGGAGCUUUUGUACAAGGAAUUGGGUUUUUCAUGCUUGAAGAAUAUACAACGAACCCAGAUGGAUUAGCAGAUGUAGAAGGCACUUGGACGUACAAAAUCCCCACAAUAGAUACCAUACCAAAGCAGUUCAAUGUAGAAAUAGUUAGCAGUGGACAUCACCAAAAACGCGUUCUCUCUUCUAAAGCUUCUGGUGAGCCGCCAUUGCUCUUAGCAGCCUCAGUCCACUGUGCAGUAAGAGCUGCUAUCAGAGAAGCGCGACAACAGAUUGAUUCAUGGAGUGGCCUAGACUUUUCUAAUUCAAAAUUCGAAGUGGAUGUCCCUGCCACCAUGCCUAAAGUGAAGGAGCUCUGUGGACUGGACAGUGUGGAGAGGCUUCAGAUGAUGAACCCGAAGACCUUUAUAGAUUUAUAUGAUGACGAUCUUUCGAUCGAAGAAAUCGAGAAUGACAAGAGGAAGACUAUACGAACCGGCGAGAGACCAAAUUAUCAGGCUGGAAGGAGUAGGACUUUAGAUGUGAAUAAUGUCGAGCAAUUGAGAAACUUCUCCAAAUUUAAGCAACCUCUUUAG